AUGUAUGCUUCAAGAAAGGGGUCGAAGACAUCCCACUUGAGAGGGAUUGACGAGUUCCUAUCCAUCGAGAAUCAGCCGGCUAGACAGGAAGAGGAACAAAGAGCUGAACCUGUUCCGGUGGAAGAGCAACAAGCGGUUGAUCCCCCCAUGACCAGAGCAGCUGGGAAGAGAAAACUCUCAGCGGAUGAAACCGGCAAAUAUGAUAAACAGAUCCGUAGGAAGUUGCUGGUUGAUUCCCCUCCCCCCAAAGGCCAACAAAAAUCUAAGUUGAUGGGUGAUACCAUCAGAGCAGCUGAAGAUGAAGAACAACAGGAAUCUUCUGUUGUAGGUCUGCCACGUAAAAUUGGGCUUCGUUCUCAUGGCCCAGCCUUAUCGAGCGACGCUUCUUCUUACCAUCCACCCCAAGAUAAAGAGGAUGAGUUAAUGGCUGCAGAUGCAGAAUCUUCUCCGGCGAUGGACCUUCCUAAGUCUCCUGCAUCAGAACCAGGGUGUCUCGAAGAGAAUCCAUUCCCUUCUCCUUCAGCCUUAAUGUCACAAGCUAAUGAUUCAAUUCCUAGUCCUACAACGGGACUUAUGAAUAAACCAGCUGUUGGCAUAGAUCUUACGGAACCUUCAGCUGCUCAGGAUGAUGAUGAGCGAGAUUAUGACGACGGCUCCUCGGCUGGUGACGAUGAAGGUGAUGAUGGACAUGAUUCCAUGGAUGACAUCACUACUUUCGAUGAUGCUCCCAAGGCUCCAUCUAAUAAAGCAUCUGAUUAUACUCCUUUUUAUCUCACCGGUUCGCCUCCUUCCAAGACUACUGCUGCUACUACCUCAAAGCAGGAUCCAGCACAAGUAUUGGCUCCUCCCCAGGAGCAACAUUUACCCGGAUCACCUACGGCAACUGCUUCACCUGUAGCAUUGCCUGAAACUACUGAUGCGACCCCUUCUCUAGAACAACAGCUCGUGCCGGUGUCAACUCCCGCGCAAGAGCAGCCUCUGCCUGCUUCGUCUUCGGCAGCUGCCUCACCUGCCGCGUUGAUGAAGAUCUCACUUACACCAACAGAGGCGAGGCCCAGCACGUCUCAGGCAAGGGCAAUGAUGGCUUUGACCUCGAGCCCAUCACAAUUGAAUGUUUCUACCGCCUCUGCAGCUUCAGCGCCUGGCUCCCCUGCACCAAUUUCAAUGGCUCUGGGAGCAUCUUCAAGUCUCGCGGGCGCACCUGAGUUCCUUCAAAUCUCUUUGGUGUACUUGAAUAGCCUCGCCAAGAAGGUGAUUGAAUAUGUGGUGGGUGUCACGGAGCUUCGCGAGCGUAAUAUUCAGAAACGAGAAGAGUUAGAACGCUCGACUACUUCCAUGAACUCACUCCGUGAUAGACUUGUUGAAGCUGAGGCUGAAGUCCUGCGAUUAAAGGCUGAACUUGCCCGCGAAGAAAAUAUUGUCGAUAUCCUUAGCACCCAAAACGCUACUGGUACUCUAGAAUAUCACACGCAAGCUCGAGCUUUGGAACAAGCCAGGAAUGAAGCGGCAGCUAUCAUCACUCCCAGUGAGGAAGAGCUCCGGGCAAGGGCUGAAGCUAUGGUGCGCACCACUCACGAAGAGGAGCUAAACAAAGUUAGGGUCCAACUCACGUCUUUUGAUUUGAUGUGUGAAUGA